CAACAACAUUGGCUCGACCUCGCGAUGUGAAAAACCAGGAACUAACUUGUCUCCGCUCUGCAAACUGAGCGAUGGAGCAAACUUCCCGUCAAAAAACAUUUACGUGCCAGUCGUGUGGUCUAGACAGCCCGUAUAGUUACUACGGACAGAAACCACCAAACACCAGGGCGAUUGUGUUGCUGGAGGAGUGUUUUGUGACCAAGGAUCCCUUCUGUCCGGAGAAGGACACGUUCCUCGUGCUGGGCUCCACCUGCAGCCUGUGCAGCCGCUGUGUCUGUGUGGGAUCGGACUGCAGUCUGUUCUACACCAAGCGGUUCUGCGUGCAGUGUGUGAACGAGCACCUGGAGCAGUUCCCUCCACAGAUUCAGGCCGAGCUGGCCAAAAAGAAGCAGCAGAGGUCCGAGGCGGCGGCGUCGUGACAUUGUGGGCCGGGAUGUCCCGUUUGGCUGCUCAGGUGUUGAGGACGAAUAUCUGAAUAGCUUUUGUCCUUAAUAGUUGUUUUUUUUAAUCAGCACUUUUGAUAAAAUCCACACUGGACAACUCCCCCCCAAAAAAAUAUGCCUGCGGUGUGCAACUAAACAUCCUGUGUUUAAUCAGCAUCGCUCUCGGGUUAUUAUUAGUUUUGGUUGGAAACACACAUCCAUCAGGAAAAAAAAAAACGUAUUUAUAUCUGUUGCCAGGAUGUUCACUCGCUGCAUUAGCCAACCCCGGGUUUUAUUUGUUUAUUGUAGACUUUUAUAGAUGCGAACAGCAGGUGUGACCAGCGCUGCCAGACCCCUGUUGGAUUGUGUUUCGACAAUCAAACCUCCCAAUUAAAAAUGGCUCCCAGUUUCAAAUCGUUCUCAUGUGGAUAGUUGCCCCGGAGUUGCUCCCAAGUUUUUUCUUUUGCGCUCCAACCUUUCAGAGGCACGACAACCUUGUUUUUUCAACUAAAAAGGAUAUUAGAAUACUAGUGUAUUUGCACUGAUUCUGGAUUUUCCGCAAACAACAUUACACCUAUGGAUGUAUGUAUGGCUCAAAAGAGCAACGUGGAAGCAUUAGUGCAGUUGCUAGUCACACUGAAAACUAGAUUCAUGUGUCUGCUGCUGUUGAAGUGGAAAGAAAUGAAAUGAAUUGCUCUCAAUUUGUCUUUGUACUUGUUGAAAUACGCCCGUUUCGCAAUUUUUUCUUUUUUUUUUUGUGCCUUUUUUUUUUAAUGAGAAAACACAUUUUUAUUGCUUUUCAGCAACAUGUGGUAAUGGUUACGUUCAUGGCACAUCCUUGCUAACAACAGACACAUGCGUGUGUUGACAGUGACACAUCCUUUUGUGAGGGAGCAUUACUGCUUCUCCCCUUUGAUUUCUUUGGUUCACGGUCAAAGGAUGAACUGUUGACUUCUGUGGAGUCAAAAAAAUUAUAAUCUCAUUUGAUCUGAAAUCAUUAAAAAAAGAAACACAAA